AUGCCACCCUCUACGCUACCUCCCCACCUCGUAGCCCUAAUAGGGUCUUCCCAGACUUCGAGUGAACAAGCUGUCGACGGGAUAGAAGAAUGGAUCCUUCAUCGUCGAUCUAAAGGGGACACAUUGUUCGACGUAUCGGUCGGACUCGCCGAAUUAGAAGAUCGAGCUCCUCCUCGGCUUAGCGGAGCAUUUGACCGCGCACGAUAUGUCACCAAUGUACCCCAACCUUCUGACUUGACUCCACCUAUGGGUCCGUUCCCUCUUGCUCGUUCAGCUUCACCAGCUACUGUCCUUCAUCAUCUGUUGUCAGUUCCCACACCAUCGAUAGAACACUCAAGAGAAGUGAUAUUGGAAUAUGUCCUCAUGCGCGAGGGCAAGUUAAAAGAUAAGAGACCUGGGAAAGGUGGGAAGGGUACUUUGGGAAGAGACAGUUUUGAGGAAAUAUCAAAACGUUUGGGGGAGAUUGAAGAUGGUUUGAGAGCGGGUGUCAGUCCGAAGACUGUGAGAAGGAGGAGCGAGCUUGACGAACUGGAUGAACCGAGGAAGUUGGGGUUGAUGUUGAUUCUGUCACUGCGGAUGAGUUUGAGCUAUUUUACCUUGCAGGAAAUGGCGGAUCAGUUGAAGGAAUUGACGGUGGCCGAUGCAGAGAGGAUGUUGGUACAACACAUUAGGAGGAGAGUGUCUGGAGAAGGAAGAUGGGGAGUGGGGAAAGAAUUGGAGUAUGUGGAGAAUUUAACAAUGUUAUCCAGAAGAGCUCUCCGACCAGCUUUCAGAUCAGCCAAAGCACGCACAUCCCUUCCAGCUAGACCUUAUUACCAGAUCCCUCUUCCCGCUCCUUCCAAAUCGGCCUGCAUCAAACUGCUACACACAUUCAUCCGAGACGUAGAAGUGGGCGGAGCAGUCGCUGCUUCGUCUCACGUAUCUUCAGGUCAACCCCUCACUCCCACUCACGGCAACUUCUCACCAGGCGACAAAUCAUAUUUCUCCCGUCGUGGACAAUCUAGCCCCAUGUCCACAUCGACCAAUAUGUCAUCCCCCGUCACUCCCAUGUCUGCCUUACCACCCUUGUUCAAUCCUCCUUCACAAAUGCAAGCCGUUCCACCGGAUCCCAAUCCUAUCGCCAAUUACGCCAUGGAGCUUGUUUCAGAGUAUCUUACCAGAGAGAAGCGCGAAUACAUUCUCAAAACCAAAUGGGUUAAAUCGGGACGGGAUCAGUUAGGGAAAGAUUUGGGAGAUAUAGAGGCUACUUUCUGUCUUUCUGGGAAACAAACGACAUCAUCUCUAGCCCAAACACUCAUACCGGUUUUCUUGAUUCUGAGAAGGUCGUUCGUACUUCCGCCAUCCCCUCUGCCAUCUCGUAUUAUCGAAUCAUACCUUGACAUACUACCCGCUCCGCCAGAUCCAGAUGAAGUGCCUUUCCGGGAACCCACGGUUCAAUCGACGACCGCGGCUUUAUAUGUCAAUCCCAGAUUGGACGAUGCUGCUGCGUUGGAGGUACUUGAAGAGUUGAUAGAGAAUGAGAAGGAAAAAUUAGAGAACGAAGGUGCUUCCCUAGAGGAAACAACCAAAUGGACUGCAAAUCUGCUAGACAGUGUGGCUAAAAGGUUUCCCGAUGGGUCUUACGCCAGCCUUUUCGCCGCUGUCAGAGAACAAAUCACUCGUCCAGCCCCAUCCUCAUCACAUUAUCUCACUCCCACUCCAUCAGGUAUCUCUAAAACUCCGUCCGUUCAUCGACGAGCUCAAUCUCAUACAGAGGUAUCUAGCUCUCCCCGACCCGACAAUGGCGAUACUGCUAUGCUUGCCAUGCCACCUUCACUGGGAAAACUGCAACAUAAUCGAUCUGCUUCGCUCCCCAUGCGUAAAGGAACAUAUGAAGAUUCGGGCUCUGACUCGUCGUCAGAUUCAGAUAUCGGUAUCGAGUCUCGGGCAAGUAUCGUCCCUCCCCCACGACAGGCGACUCCGACAUUACAACCUGCAAGACUGUCACCUCUUCCAUCUCCAAUGGCAAUACCUCCUCUUCAAACGCAAACCCUUCCGAGCUCCCACGUUCAGACCUCGACCACUGGCGUCGAUACCAAUGAGCAAAGUGAACUCUCUACCUCUGUAUCUGCCGGAUGGUGGGAUAUCGUCUCUGCUGUCGAGCAGGAUCAAUCUGCACCAUGGAAUCAGUUUCACAGUCAGAAAGACCUUUUUAGUCCUCCUCCACCUAUCUCCACUUCGGUCAAAAGUCAUCAAAGAGGUUCCAGUGGACACUCUAAUUUAUCUCAAUCUCAGAUGAUUGAUUUAUCACUACCACCUGGCGCCGAACCUGCUUCACCAUCAUUCUCAAGCGCUUAUCAAGUAUUGACUGGUAUUUCUCAAAUGGACAUUGUUGAUUCACCCAUGAACCUUCAUCCCGGUCCUCCCACUCCAUCAAAAACAGGCACAAGUACCCCUACACGACGACAAUUCCCAACUGAAGUCAAAACUAGUCCUAGUCCUGCAAGACCUCCAAGACCUUCACAAGUUCCUUGGGAUGAGAAUUAUAGUCAAGUCAGAGGUGAAGGAGAAAUGAGAGGAAUGUCUGUUCAAAAUCCUCAUAUAAGAUCUUCUUCCCUGGUCGAUCAACCUCAUACGGCUCAUCCAUCCGGAGGUAGAUUACCCCCCAAUCCAGUCAACUUUACACGUCCAACUGACUCGACUCCACCUCAACCACCAGAAAAACAACAAUAUCUAACUCAACCCAUCCCGACUGGUAAUAGGUCAAUCUCUGCUCAGAUUCCGAUUCCGGGAAUACCAGAGACCGAGAUAAGUCCUCAUAAAUCGAAAUUAGGAGGAUUUGGGAGAUCCAUGUCGAUGGCGAGUAAGAGUAUGCUGAGAUCCAGAGAUAAAGAUAAGGACAAGGAUAAAGAGAAUGAAAAGUCUACAGGGGGCAAGAAGGACAAGGAGAAAGAAAAGGAAAAAGGGGUUCAGAAUAAUCCGGGUAAAUGGAAUAAAGAUAUGGUAGCGAACAUCAUGGGUCCACCAGUGGACCGGAAAUGAAUCAGUUUUCUUGUUCCAUUGACUAUCAGUUGAAGAAUCAGGUCAGUGUUAAAGAUGGGUGAGAGCGCGGAGAGGGUUUCGGAUUGCUAUCGAAGACAAGGAUAAGGAAUUGUACUACUAAAAGGUACAUGAGGGAUAUUUGGGUAACUCGGUCAGACUUAUUAUAUAUGCAUGUUGAGAUUGGUCAUUUG